GUGGAGACUUUAGUCAGCUACACUGAGCCGCAACCACGAGAGACGGAUGCGGAUACUCAUUUUGGCUUCUGUGUGGCCGUCCAAAAAGAGGAGACAUGGAACACCCGCCAUGUAUUUCUGAGGAAUUGAGGCAAUGUGUCGUCUAUGGCGCUCACCCUACAGUCUAUUACAUCCCUGAUUUCAUUUCUGAAGAGGAGGAGGCCCAUCUCCUGCAGCAGAUCUAUCAGUCCCCCAAACCCAAGUGGACCCAGUUGUCUGGCAGGAGGCUGCAGAACUGGGGAGGUUUACCGCAUCCCAAAGGGAUGCUAGAGGAGAAGAUGCCCGCCUGGCUUAAUGCGUACUGCCAUAAAGUUUCUUCACAUGGGGCGUUUGGUGGAAAAACAGCCAAUCAUGUCCUGGUGAACGAGUAUAAACCAGGUGAGGGGAUUAUGCCCCACGAGGAUGGACCCCUGUACUAUCCGACGGUCACUACUAUCAACUUGGGCUCGCACACCCUCCUGGACUUCUACACACCCGUGGGACGGUCAGAGGAUGAUGACAUUUCAGCAUCGGAGGAUGAACGCCAUCUUUUCUCUUUGCUCCUGAGGCCGCGCAGCUUGUUGGUAUUGCAAGAUGAUGCGUACCGGAACCUUCUUCACGGCAUCAAGGCGCACGAUUUGGAUGUACUGACUAACAAGGUGUUGAACCUGAAUGCUGCCCAGGCACGACCGGGCGAAACGCUGACCCGAGGGACCAGAGUGUCGCUAACCAUUCGACACGUGCCCAAAGUCUUUAAAACCAAGUUUCUUCUCGGGAAGAAGUGAAUGUGGAAAAAUAAUUGACAAGUCCAGUGUAUACCCACCAACCUUUUGAGUCAAGGGAAGUACUGUAUUACAUCAUGAGAAAAAUCUCAUGCCGCACAACCAAAUAAACUUCUGUUACCUCCUCUAAUAUUUGAAAUAGGGGUUUUAAUCUCUUAAUGAGAUACACAACUUCAAUAAUACUUCACUGACAAACAUUUGCGUCUUUUCUAUUAGCAAAUACCUUCAAAAAAAAAAAAAAGAAAUGAAAUGUUUGUUUUGUUCCUAGGGGGC